AAUUUGUUGUCUUUUUCACGCGCGUAUUUUUGCAAAUCCGUCAUUCUUUACGUAAAAUUUCGAAAGAUGCAAUUCAACAUUGUGUCACCUCUUAAGCCCGGAAAAUUCCAUCCGGUCAGUUAAAAAUUAUAUUAGAAAACGUGAGGAAAGUGCAAAAAAGUGGAGGUGUGAGUGAGACGUAAUGACAAAUGAGAACAAUAUUCUUCUCUAUCUCUUCUCGACAGUGUGAAAGGGUUAAAAAGUAUGACAGAUACGGCAGUUGCUGUUUCAAGCAGCGAUAUUUAUGUCAAAGAGAUUUUUUUUUAUUGUGGUCACGACGAAAAACAGUUGCAGUUGGACUUUUGGGUGGAAAAUAAGUGUGAAUUUGCAAGGAAAGAGGUGUAAAAGUUUUGUGAAUAGUUGUAGCAGCAUCUGAAGAGUAUGUGGCUUGUGAAAUGAAAAUGCUAUGGUUGGUGGAUGCCGAGGAAUUGCGACAAAUUGAUUUUUGGUGACCAUAGCAGGGAACUCGUGUUCGCUCUCUUUUUCUCAAAAUCAAUGAAAAUUUUCCUUCUUCGAACUGAGGACACCACGUCACAGGGGAAGAAGAGUUCCGUCGACCACGGUGCAGGUGGUUAAUUUGUGAAUAAUAGGGAUUUAUUGAGGAAAACAGACACUCACACACGGUCUAGCCGAAAAAAACAAGACAGAGAGAAAGGGGCAUUACACGGCUUGUUGAAAAGAAAAGAAAAAAAAAAGUUAAAAGAUCAUUAAAAAGAAGAGAGAAAGAUUUCUGCGGGUGACAAGAGAAAGGGGCAAAUUAUGCCGAGUAAGAAACGUCCUACCGCCAAUCGUCAACAGGGAGCUUUUCCACCGAAGCACACAUCUGUGGCAGAACUCAAAGUGCCCCAAGAGCAUUCGGUGGUGUCCAAUGGGGAUAUUGCCGGCGAUGGGCAUUUACUAACACCCAAACAGCGACAGCAAUUGGACAAGAGCAUUUACUUGGCUUCACUAACAAAAAAUGAAUUACAAAGCGAAUGCAGAAAACGCGGUCUAAAGAUAACAGGAAAUAAGAUGGAAUUGCUCCAAAGACUAGGAUAUAAAAUGUCUCAUCACAAUCACAAUCAGCAAUCAACAGUGACAUCUUCCACGUCAGGAAAUUCCCGCGUGCAGAAUCAGCAAAAGAAGACACCAAAUGGUACGGCAAUGGAUUCCUUUGUAAGGAAACAAUCUGCCCGUGAUCGCGAGAAGGAGCGCAAUGAAAGGAAAAAAAUUGUCAUUUGGCGACAUCCAAUUUUAACAUCGAAGUAUUGUGCCCUAGAGUGUAUGACCCUCAUGCAAACAUAUGGACGAAAAGUGUCAGAUCACAAGAAAUUAAUGGCUGUACUCGUGGCAGCAGUUGCAGUAGUGAUUGCACUGUACCACGUUCCAGGGAAGCAUCAGGCGUACAUCGACAUGAUUCGUCUUCACAUGUGGUUCGUGACCUACUGGGUGGGUCUGGGUGUGCUGUCAUCAGUUGGCCUGGGCACGGGAUUACAUACAUUCCUCCUAUAUCUGGGACCCCAUAUAGCCAGCGUUACGAUGGCAGCGUACGAAUGUAACUCAUUGAACUUUCCAAAGCCACCCUAUCCGGAUGAAAUAAUCUGCCCCGAAAAGGUGGAUCCCACAUUCAUUCCAUCUCUAUGGAAUAUCAUGGGGAAGGUGCGUGUUGAGGCAUUCCUCUGGGGUGCUGGAACAGCCCUUGGGGAGUUACCGCCCUACUUUAUGGCCAAGGCUGCCCGCUUAUCGGGCUAUGAUCCUGACGAUGCAGAGGAUCUGCAGGAGUUUGAGGAGCUAAAGAAGAAACGUGAGCAAGGAGUCGAUUUGAAUUAUCUCGAUCGUGCCAAGAUCUUCAUGGAACGCAUUGUGGAGCGUGUUGGAUUUCCGGGAAUUCUUGCAUGUGCGAGUAUCCCCAAUCCACUAUUUGACUUGGCUGGAAUUACGUGUGGACACUUUUUGGUGCCAUUUUGGACCUUCUUCGGAGCAACAUUGAUUGGCAAGGCUGUGAUUAAGAUGCAUAUCCAGAAGAUAUUUGUGAUAAUUGCAUUCAAUGAGACCCUGAUUGCUAAGGCGCUGGACGUCCUCAAGCACCUCCCCAUUAUGGGUAAACGUCUGCAGGAACCAUUUAAGGCAUUCUUGCAGAAUCAAAAGGCACGCUUACAUCGUGGUUCAGCCAAAAAAGCAUCAGAAUCGGGAAAUUUCUUGGCGCGUCUGUUUGAGAAGUUUGUCGUCGCCAUGAUUGUGUACUUUGUGGUGUCGAUUGUAAAUUCUCUGGCGCAAAGUUAUCACAAAAGAAUUCACAAAAAAGGCGGGAAGGUGCAUCGAAAGGUAGCGAGAGACUAGUCCGGGCAGAAAUGCUUGUCGGUAAGCAAUGAAUGUUUAAAAAAAAGUGGUUCUUUAUAGUUAGAUGAAUUCUUUUGAAUAAAACAAUUUACUAGAAGAAGAUGUGAA